UAAUAUUUCUGCAUCACGUUGCACUUGAGCCAUCCCUUAUAAAGCAAAGGUUAAUCGGCUUCCCAGGUUCCCCCAAAGCUUCCGGCAUAUUUAACUUAACUCUGAACUUUUACGGAUUUCAUAAUCUUCGUAAAUCAGAACCAAGCAAGAGCGAGGAGAAUAAGAAAAAGAAGUAAAAAAAAAAAGGCACACUCUUUCCAUCAUGCCCGUCGUAUCAGCAGCUCGGUACGGAAAGGACAAUGUCCGCGUGUACAAAGUCCAUAGGGAUGAGGCGACGGGUACGCACACGGUCACGGAGAUGACCGUAUGCUGUUUACUCGAGGGGGACAUCGAGUCGUCGUACACGGUGGCGGACAACAGCGUCGUCGUGGCCACCGACUCCAUGAAGAACACCAUCUACAUCAAGGCCAAGGAGCACCCCGUGAACCCGCCGGAACUGUACGCCAGCUACUUGGGACAGCAUUUCCUAGACCAGUACGCCCACAUCCACGCCGCCAAUAUCAGCGUAGUCGUCAAGCGGUGGACCCGUAUGGUCAUCGACGGAAAGGAGCACCCUCACAGCUUCUACCGCGACGGCGAAGAGACUCGCAACGUCGAGGCCCGCAUUACCCGCCAGGGAAUCGAGCUUACGAGCGGCAUCGCGGGGCUCCUGGUGCUGAAAAGCACCGGGUCCGCCUUCCACGGCUUCAUUCGCGACGAGUACACCACGCUCCCCGAGACCUGGGACCGCAUCCUCUCGACCGACGUCGACGCCACCUGGAGUUGGAAUACCCUACCGAGCGUGGCGGCAGUCGAGCAGAAGGUAGCGCAGUUCGACAAGGCCUGGGAAGACGCCCGUCGGAUCACCAUGAAGACGUUUGCGGAAGAGAGUAGCCCCUCGGUCCAGCACACCAUGUAUAAGAUGGGCGAGCAGAUCCUCGAGGCCGCAUCUGAAGUCAAGUCAGUCACUUACGCGCUGCCCAACAAGCACUACUUUGAAAUCGAUCUAUCCUGGCACAAGGGUCUCAAGAACACGGGCAAGGACGCCGAAGUAUACGCGCCGCAGUCCGGGCCCAACGGUCUGAUAAAAGUCGAGAUUUCGCGCUCGUAGACGUCGUUUUCUUUCUGCAGAUUUCAAAUGUGUACCAUUGUCUUUGGCGUAAUGCGCGGACCUGCGAUUGCUUCUUUUUUUUAAUCCGCAAUUAAUUGGGGAAAUGGGAUUCUAGCCGGGU